AUGAGUAAAGAUUCUAAAAACGAAGCUAAUACUCAAACAUACGAAAAUGUUUUAUUCAUUAGGAAUUUAUCUUUUGAUGCCACAGAAGAAGAAUUAAGCGAAAUAUUUCUUCCAUACGGAGAAUUGGUUUAUUGUGUUAUAACAAGAGAUAAAGAAACUGGACAUUCAAGAGGCACGGGCUUUGUUAAUUUCAAAGAAACACAAGAUGCGAAUAAUUGUUUAUUGGAUAAAAAAGAAUUGACUUAUCAUAAAUCAAUUCUUACUCCAGAUCCUUCUGAUUCUAAAGUACAAAAAUUCACUUUACAAGGAAGGGUUUUAUCAAUUGUUAAAGCUGUUGAUAGAACUGAGGCAAAGAAAUUAAUGGAAAAUAACAAAGUUAAGAGGCAAAGUCAAGAUAAAAGAAAUCUUUAUUUAAUGAAAGAAGGAGUUAUAUUUCCUGAUACAUUUGCAGCUAAAAAUUUACCAAAAUCAGAAUUUAAUAAGCGAUUUGAUUCGUUUACAUAUAGAAAAAAUCUGUUAACCAAGAAUCCAAAUCUUUAUAUAUCUAAGACAAGAUUAUCAAUUCGUAAUCUACCAUUAACAGUUGACGAAAGGCAAUUAAAAGAAUUGGCAAUAAACAGUAUUCAGAAAUUUAAAAAUGAAGUCAAAAAUGAUGAACGAGAAGAUUUAUCAGCUGGUGAGAAGAGUGAAGGAUGGAAUAAAAAAGUACACAUUAUACAGGCUAAAAUAAUUAGAUCCAAAGAUAGAAUAGAUCCAAAGACACAAAAGCCAAAACCAAAAGGUUAUGGAUUUAUUGAAACCACAUAUCAUUCACAUGCAUUAGCUAUUUUAAGAUAUUUAAACAAUAAUCCUGAAAUAUAUGGUGAUGGGAAAAGGUUAACAAGAGAGAAGAAUCGAAAAAUCAAAAAAAUCCAUUCACAACAACAAUAG